AUUUUCUCUUUGUGUGUGUUAUGUAGAUCAACAAUCAUGUUUCUUGUCCUGUUCUCAACUUUCCUCACCCUCUCCUCCUGCCUUUCUCGACAAUAUUACUUUGUGGAUAAAAAUAUGACCUGGACUGAAGCACAGACGUACUGCAGACAGAACUACACUGAUCUGGCCACGCUUGAGAAUGCUAACAACACAAAGAGUUUGAUUGCUGCUGCUUUGAACAGUAGUUAUAAUGGAACUGCCUGGAUUGGGCUGUAUGAUGAUGUGAUAAACGGCUGGAGAUGGUUUUUGGAUGAUGAUACUCUUUAUGGGCCAGGAGAAAAACAUUUCAGGAACUGGUCAAACAUCUGGAACCAGGAGCCAAAUAAUUUAGGUGGAAAUGAAAUGUACACACAAAUGUAUCCACAAGGGAGCUGGAAUGAUUGGCAAUGCAGUGCCCUUAUCUACUUUGUUUGCUACAACAAAGCCACUAACAGUCAUGUUCUCAUCAAAUUGACUAUGACCGCCUCUGAUGCUCGUCAGCACUGCAGACAGCAUUACACAGACCUGGCCAUCAUCAGGAGCCAAUCAGAGAAUCAACUGAUUAUAAAUUUGUUAGAAUCCUACUCAGCUUGGAUCGGUCUUUACAGAACUAGACAGUGGUCAGAUCAGAGCAACUUCUCUUAUCAGAACUGGAUAACUGGACAGCCAGAUAACCUGGGGGGUGUUGAACGCUGUACCGCUGCGUCUCUUAAUAACUCUGGACAGUGGAGUGAUGAGAACUGCGCUAAAAACCUUCCUUUCUUCUGUUAUAAAGAAUCAUCUCCAACCCACAAAAAUGUGAUCACAAUCCAACUUAUACUCACCUCUCAGACAGAUCUAACUGAGCCAGAAAUGGAAAAUAUACUACUGCAGCAGCUCCAGAAAAAAAUUAUCAACAAAGGACUCCCAAGAAACAUCAAGCUGCAUUUGAAAAAAUAAUCCACAUUUGACCAACCUGUUAAAAAAAUUCAUUUAGGAACUGAGGGAGCAGUGCAUGGAUGAGGGUAUUUCCUAGUCUUUAAUUUUCUGUAACCUUCUUUUACAUGGAAAUACUCCAGCAAAAGGCUUUCUGGAGUGUUAGACGUCAUUAAUGUUCUAAUGCUAACAUAUCUUGUUUCACGUUUCUAUGUUUAUCUAAAGCACUUUGAAUUGUCAAUUUGUAUUUAAAAUGUGCUCUACAAAUAAACUUCCUAGUUUUGCA